UUUAAAUGUAAAUCAAUAAAGCUGCUGCAGCAUAAUUCUAAAACCAGGACAACUCACUUUCACCGUGUCAUAAAAUAAAGAAGAAAAUUUGAUUAAAGGAACUAUCACAAGGUCGCACAGUCGGACAUAUUCCAACUUUUAAAAAAAAAUAAUUAAACACUAUGUAAGCCUUAACGGAAAGUUGUAUUUGGUAUCAAACAAAGUGUUAAAUAGCUAAAAGAUAGAGUGAAUAGUUAAACAAUUCAAGUUGAUCAAAAUGGGAUUGAAACAAAAAGAUGGCUGCUGUCGAAAAUUUAUGAAAUUUUUAUUCUCCCAUGUAGGACUCUGUUUUAUGGUAGUUUUAUAUUGUGUUGCCGGUGGCUUUAUCUUUGAACAUUUAGAGAAAAACAACGAAGAACAAAUUUGCUAUGACUCACGUGAUGAAUACCUGGACAUGGAGGAGAGGACAUUAAAUAAUACAAUUAAAGUAAUUAAAGAACAAGAAGGUAGCGGUCAGACAGACGUGUUGGUAAUACAGCUUCAGAGCAUACUGGCCACAUUCCGUGACAACAGCAUCGCUAUUGGGUAUGACGGAACCAAUUGUACUGCUUACGGCGAAGAAGAUGGUCCUAAAUAUAAGUGGAGCUGGUCUGGUGCCUUAUUCUUCUCAGUUACUGUGAUAUCAACAAUCGGAUAUGGUCAUAUAGCACCUAAAACAUUCUGGGGACGAUUGGUAUGUAUUGCUUAUGCUGUUUUGGGGAUUCCUCUGAUGUUGCUCUGCCUGGCAAACAUUGGCGAUGUUCUAGCUGACAUAUUCCGAUUUAUUUACGCAAAGAUCUGUUGUUGUGGCUGGUGCAGACAGAAGGAAACAACAAAGGUAGUUACAAUCAAACCUGUUGCAAAGGAACCAGAAGGAGCGUGGAACAGCGAUAAAUCUAAGAUAAUAACAGCCUCAGCUCCAAUGCAGACUGACUAUAAUAAAACAGAGUUUUCGCGCCUUCCCUCAAAAACCCCAGAAGGCGUAAAAACUGGAGGAAUCGGUGGUGGAACGGAGCAACCUAAACCAGUGAAGAUUGUCCCAUUGGAUAUAAAAUCAUUCAAGACACAACAAGAGCUUGCGAAUAGGUCUCAACAAGUAAGAAGCGAACCAAUAGUAUGUGAUGAUGAUAGCGAUGAUGAUGACGACGACGACGAGUUUGAUGACAAGAAGAUAACAGUACCGUUGACCGUCACAAUGAUUGUCAUUGCAGGAUACAUUUUUGGAGGAGCACUGCUGUUUGGAUUAUGGGAGAACUGGGAUAAUCUACAAUCGGCAUAUUUCUGUUUCAUUACUCUCAGUACCAUUGGGUUUGGAGACGUAGUCCCUGGAACGGAUUUCGAUAACCCAACAGCAACGGCGCAAAUGAUUCUUGGUGCAAUUUAUGUCUUAUUUGGAAUGGCUAUUUUGUCUAUGUGUUUCUCACUAAUGCAAGACGAAAUUAUAGCCAAAUGCAAGUGGGUUGGACAAAAACUUGGUAUACUCGACAAAGAUGACUGAUAGCUCACUCAUUUAUAUGAGCAACACAGUUUUCGCUCAUAGAGUAUAUGAUUUGAACGUAGGGAAAAAUCACACGAUGACAUGUCUGAGAGUAGAAUAUAUUUUAACAGAAUAGCAUAUCCGUCUUUAUACAAACAAAGAUUUAUAGUUAAAUUUUAUUGAACAGAAACAUUUGUGCGAAACGAAUCUGAAACUUUCAUUUGUAGAUGUGAAAAAAAUGAUUUUGAAAAUUGCAAUACUGACAAAAUUACUGCAUCGAGCUAUAUUUGUAAAUGAAUUAUUUUGUAGCAAGGUUUGUAAAAGACUGUUAUCAUAUUUUACAUCCUAUAUGAGAUGUCAUAUACUUAUAAAAGUAUGUACUGUGUUCGACGAGAACGAAAUCUGUUUAAUACCAUGCUUUAUUUCAUUAUGUACAAAUCAUAGAUUUACAUUUUUCAUUUAAUUUAUCAGGAUUUAAAUUGAUGUGAUUCAAUUGAUCUUUUAUUUGUUAGUGUCACUUUUUGUGUGUGUGUACCUGUCAUGCAUUUGUAUACACAGUGUAUAUUUCAUAUUUCUUAAUUAAACAACUCCGUCCCAUUUAUUAGAUUAAUACUUACGUAUUUCUAACAUGUUAACAUUAAGCAACUGAGAUGAUUCUCGUGUAAUACGUGAACCAUUUUUAAAUUGAAGCAGAAAUUGUUGACCUACUUUUUUUCCAUAAAGAUACAUAUAUAUAUCUUACAUUUUCAUUAUCCUUGUUGUGUUUAAUAACUAAUACUCAUGUUUCUAUAAUAGGAUAUUCCAUAUAAAUGUAUUCAGUAAAUUUAAAAAAUGAGUAGUAUACAUGUAUGUUCCGAAUUGAAGGUAUUCAUGCUAGUAAUAGUGGACAGGAUAUAUCGUAUGGCUAGUAAUGAGGGACAGGGGAUAUCAUAUAUCUAGUAAUAAGGGACAGGAAAUAUCCUAUGCCUAGUAAAGGGAACAGGAAUAUUCUACGGCUAGUAAUGAGGGACAGGAUAUGUCCUAUUCUGUUUUCAAUAUUUUUCAUAUUUCUUUUGAAUUCGCUAUUUUAGGUGCAUUCUUUUCAUCAAUUUAGUGAUUUUUUUGGACUCGUCUGAUUGUAUAAAGACAAUUGCUAACUAUUUAUUUAAACCUAUCCUAGCCCUCAGUUACCAUGUUGUGACUACCUGUAGAAGGACGAAAUUUUUUGUCAGUAUGAUGAACUAAUUUUAUUGAUGUACGUACCGCUUCAAGUCAUUUUAAGUAGUUGUUUUUCUUGUUUGAGCGAGACGUUGUGAACGUUCUGAAAUUUGUCUUCAUCGCUUUAAAAAGUACCUUAAUCGGGUAUAAAAAGUUUCAUCGUCUAAAUUUCCGGUGAAGAUAUAUUUCAAGACUAGGCAAAUAAAUAUUUAUAUAUAUAUUUUAUAAUAUUCUUGUUAAAUUGUAAUGUGUCUUUCGACGUUUUCUCGCUAAAGGUUUUUGAUUUAGUGAGAAUUAAGAUAUUUUAUUAUUUGUAGAAGCUGUCUCCGUCCGAUUAAUUUUGAAAUAUUUUUCCAUAUUUGAUAACAAUAAAUCUAAAACGUUUACUUAACUGUCAAUUUUUGUUGUUGUACAACUACUACUAGAGGGUGUCUAACGACCUUGACUACCCAGGAAGGUCUCGCACGCACUGUCGGUUGUUGUACAACUACUACUAGUGGAAGUUUAACGACCUUGACUACACAUGAAGGUCUCGCACGGUCGGUUGUUGUACAACUAAUGCUAAGGGGUGUAUAACGACAUUCACUACCCAUAAAGUAUUUAUACGUACAAAUAGUUCCGGUAAAAGUAUUCAAAAUUCAUACACCAUGGUCAUAAAGUCAUGUGGACCAGAUCGUCUGCUAAUUAAUUUGUGAUCGACAGGUUGGUGCGGUAACCUAGCUAUAUAGGGUUGACAAGGUUCAAAUAGUUGAAAGGGUCGACAGGGUUGAUAGGUUGGCAGGGUCAACAAGUUGACAAGUCGACAAGUUGACAAUGUUUACAGAGAUUAACAUUGUUUUACAAGGAUGCUGUCUCAAUGGCAUGCACUAUUUACAUGUAAGUGUAAAAUUAACAACUAGUUUAUUUUUAUAAUGACAGUAUGCAUAUUCAGUAUAUUUACAUCCAU